AUGAAAAUCAUACACGAAACAGGUUACUCUCAAGAAGAAUGUGAGCAAUAUCGGCGUGUUGUCUAUAGUAACACUAUUCAGAGUCUGAUGGCAAUAAUACGUGCAAUGGGUCCACUAAAAAUUAAUUUCGCCGAUCCAUCACAAACAGAAAUAGCACGACAAUUCUUCACUUACGCUUCUGCAGCUGAAGAAGGUAUCUUACUACCAGAAAUUGCGUUGCUCAUGAAGAAACUAUGGGCCGACGGUGGAGUGCAACAAUCAUUCUCCCGUUCACGUGAAUAUCAAUUAAAUGAUUCAGCCGCCUUUUAUCUGAAUUCAUUGGAUCGCAUUUCACAACCGAACUACAUACCAACACAACAGGAUGUGCUACGAACACGUGUCAAGACCACGGGUAUCAUUGAAACACAAUUCAGUUGCAAGGGUUUGCACUUCAAAUUAUUUGAUGUUGGCGGUCAACGUUCGGAACGUAAAAAAUGGAUACAUUGCUUUGAGGGUGUGACGGCAAUCAUAUUUUGUGUUGCUCUUUCUGGAUACGACUUAGUUCUUGCCGAAGAUGAGGAAAUGAAUCGAAUGAUUGAAUCCUUAAAACUUUUUGACUCCAUUUGCAAUUCGAAAUGGUUUGUUGAGACCUCAAUUAUACUUUUCCUGAACAAAAAAGAUUUGUUUGAAGAAAAAAUUAAACGAUCUCCAUUAACAAUAGCAUUCCCAGAAUAUACGGGACCAAAUACAUUUGAGGAUGCUGCUGGAUACAUUGGCAUGAAAUUCGAAAAUCUGAACAAGAGAAAAGAUCAAAAGGAAAUUUAUACGCAUCUAACAUGUGCCACCGAUACGAAUAAUGUACAAUUUGUUUUUGAUGCUGUGACAAAUGUCAUCAUAAAAAAUAAUCUUAAAGAUUGUGGACUUUUUUAAUAUUUUUAAUAUGAAAAGAAUAUUCAUUCCAUAAUCAGAUUUUAUUUUAAUUCCAAACUUGACAAGUCGUAUUCUAUUUUAAAUUCUACUGAUACAUUCGUUUUAAGAAGUUAUUACAUUUAACAUAAUAUAUACAAACUAUUUAAUAAUUAUAAGUUUACACUACUAAGUACAUAAACAAUGUCAUAUAUAUAUGUACAUAUAUAUGUAUAUUAGCUUAUACACUAAUAAAUGCAUUUUAUACUUUUAUUUUGAUUGCCACAAUUUAUGAUAAUGAAAUAUGAGAAAUAACAUUUUUUAGUUUACAUAUGCGAUUGUAAUUUUCUAUUUGUCAAGUGCUUUUUUGAAUACUACAGAAAGGUUAUGAAAACGCCUACUAAGCACUACUUAAUGUUAUUUUAAUAUAUUUAUUUAAUAAUAUAAAUGUUGCAUAGUAAGACAGUAAACUUACAGUAAGACGAGAGUAAGACACUUAGCUGAACAUUUAUGGUUAGUGUUUUGAGAAUAAAUAAUGGACAAAAUUAUUGUAAUACAAUUAAAACAAUAUAUGGAAUUGCGAAAUAAUGUUAUUAUUAUUUUAAACUUAUUCACAAAUGAUUAUGUUGGAUAGUAACUGUUAUUUUAGUUUGUUUAGUUUGGCAUUUGUUAAAUAUACAAUUUGUACACAAAUUAACUUUGCAAAAAUUAUUAAAACAAAAGCAGCUCAUUUAUCGUACGACGUAAGUCUUGUGCAUAAAUUUAAAU